AUGCAAAAGUUGGGCUUGGAACAGCUCGACGACGUGCAACGCGUGACGUUCAGGAAGGGCAAGCAGGCGAUGUUCGUGAUCAACUCGCCGGAUGUUUUCCACUCGCCGGGUUCGGACUCGUACGUCAUCUUCGGUGAGGCCAAGACGGAGGAUUUGGCCGCGCAGGCGGCGCAGCUCAAGAACGCCUUCAAGGCCGAGGCUCCGGCCGCGGGCGCGGCGAUGCCGACUUUGGAAGAAACUGGGGUUGAGGCGAAGGAUAUCGAGCUCGUGAUGACGCAAGCGAACGUGUCCCGCGCCAAGGCUGUCACCGCUUUGAAGGCUAACCCGGGCGACAUCGUUUCGGCUAUCAUGGACCUCACCAUGUAA